UCGUACUCGAGUAGGAGGAGAUGGAGGUUGCGACGGCGACGGAGGCGUCGGCGCCGGCGGCGAGCGCGGGGCCGAGCAGGCGGAGCCACCCGUUCCCGUGGCUCGACCUGGCCAUCUCCGAGCCUUACUACUUCCUCCACCUCGUCGCCUUCUUCUCCUACUUCGCGGCACGCAGCACGGUGCUCUCGCCCGACGACGGCGGCGAGCUCCCCAGCCGCCUCCUCCGCCGGGAGAUCCAGGCGGUGCUCGCGUUCCUCGUGCUCUUCGUCGUCAAGAUCGUGAAAGAGGAAAACUGGGAAACAUUCAUUGGUGACUCACUGCUCUAUGCCAAGGGAUUAUUGCUGGCAGUUACUUUGGUUAUUGAUUAUUGGCUGACCAUCACCUACUUACUGGGAUUUCUUGUUAUAUAUGCUGUUGCACAACAGCCACCUUAUGAUGGCCUGGGUCAUUCAAAUCAUUUGACCCCAUUGCAACUGGAAGGCCUACUAACGGAAGAGCCAGCAACACGAUUUUGGCUGGUUGAAUUCCGGACUUCCUUUUCGGGAACAUGUAUACAAGCAAGCAGUGUUCUGCCUGAACUUUCUAACAUAUACUCUAACAAGAACAUUUCAUUUGGAAUAAUUGAUCUUGGGCAUUUUCCAAAUGCUGCAGCAAAGUAUGGAAUAUCCAUGUGGGAUCAUCUUCCCACUUAUAUACUCUUUGACAAGGCCACUGAAGUUGCACGAUUCCCAGAAAUCACAAGUGAAUCAAAAGUAUUUGUGCCAAAAAUUACAAAGAAACUUCUGUGCCAGCACUUCAACCUUGACAGGCGACUGAUUGAAUACCUAUCUAGAUGAUCCAUCAUCUAUCCCAGCUGUCUCAAAAAGAAAGCGCUGAUCCCCUUUUGUCGUUGAGCCAGAUGAAUGAACCGGACAGUUGUGCGGCAGCAAUCACUUCAGGGGGUAUCUUCAAGCUUGAUUUAUUGUAUGAGUUUACUUGUACCCAUCCAAUCAAGGCCAGUAUACUUUAGAGUAGGGUGGGGGUGGCAGGAUUAUGAUUUGCAUCUUACUACCAUCUGUCACCUCUUGAAUUACGGAAUGUUACCACACCUGUGGAGAUCUUGCAAUGAUAUGCCAACUAUGUGUUCCACUGCA